UGCUAUGCUUCUGUUCCUGUUGGUGAGAGGGCAUGAAGGCAAACAACUGAGUGUUCUGACUGACGCUUUUAGGGCUUCAUAUUUCAGAGAAGGCUUAAGAGAAGAGAGAUGUUCAAUAUGUGCUAAGAAACUGAUAUUUUCUGUUGGUGAUUAAGCCAGGAAAGAAGGGAAGAAAAACAGUGUUUUCUAUACAGGAGCCAACUAAGAGAUCUCUGGAGUUCCGUAUUUCACAUCUGACAUGAUGAUUAAAUUAUUCAGUAUCACUUUGGCUGCUAUUCCAAUCAGUGUGCUAACUUUGUCUUAUCAAGACAUCUCUCAGAAGCCUGGAGGAAAUGUGAUCAAUACAGAGAGAGAAGUGAUCAACACAGAGAAAGAAGCUUUGUCAAGAAAUUGCUUAGAUGCAAAAGAAGAAAAAUUUUCAUGGAAAGAUACACUUUUAAUAGUGCUUGGAGCUGGAUUAUUCAUAAUUGUACUUUUUUAUUGUUGCAUAAAAAAAUACAAAAAACAGGAUUUUCAACAAAGACACGCAGAACAACUCAAGAAAGAAAUGGAGAGGAAGAAGGCUCAAUUCAAGUCCGCAUGGAGAGAAAUACCAUUAUAUGCUGAUUGGAGAAAAGAAGAGUUCCAGACUGUAAAUCUGACUCUGGAUGCAGCCACUGCCCAUCCUGCCCUCUUCCUGUCUGAAGAGGGGAGAAGAGUAACCUGGCAAGAACCAUCUCAGGAGCUUCCCAGCUCCCCAGAGAGAUUUGUCUCCCUUCCAUGUGUGCUUGGUCAGCUGCAUGUCAGCUCAGGGAGAUACUUCUGGGAGGUGGAGGUUCAGAAUGCACAUUCCUGGGACCUGGGAGUUUGUAGGGAUAAUGUAGCAAGGAAUAGGGGGGUCACAAUGUCACCACAGAAUGGUUUCUGGACCAUUAGGCUCUAUGAUGGGGAUUACUGGGGCCUCACAUCCCCAGAAACUUUGCUUACUCUAAAAGAAAAACCCCUUAGUGUGGGGGUAUUCUUGGAUUAUGAGGCUAGAGAUAUAUCUUUCUAUAACAUGACAGAUGGAUCCCACAUCUACACAUUUUCCAAACAAACAUUUUAUGGUGUCCUAAGACCACUUUUUAGACUUUGGUCCUCUGACUCAGGCCCUCUCACCAUUGUCCAGGUGGAGUAGAACACAAUGAUGCUGUAAUUUAUAUGCCUAACAUUCCAUGAUGAUUAUAAUUCUCCCCACAAGACCAAAUUUAUUUUUUUCUUCCUCCUUUACUGGUUUACUCUAAGAUGAAGCUCUGAUGCACACACUGAUGGUUGCCUCUCAUAUUAAUUCUCCCUUCUUCUUAAGUUAUAGGUCCCUCUUCUUAUUACUAUGCCUAUAACAGUCUAGUAGAAAGAUGAGAUUUCCUAGCAUCCCCUGCUGAAUGUGACUAAAUUAUGACCAGUGCAUUUUAAGAUGAAUUAUUCUAUAUGACUCUUUGGAAAAACCCUGAUCCUGGGAAAGAUUGAGGGCAGAUGGGGAAGAGGAUGACACAGGUUGGAUGGCAUUACCGAUUCAAAGGACAUGAACUUGGGUAAACUCUGGGAGAUGGUGAGGGACAAGGAUACCUGGUGUGCUGCAGUCUGUGGGGUUGCAAAAAGUUGGACAUGACUUGUUGACUAAAUAACUACAUUCAGUAUGAUCUCUGGAAUGUGCUCUUAAAGGAAAAUUAUGUGAUUUUCUUUUCUCUAACUAUUUGGAUAGCUGGAAUGUGGCAUGAUGGAUGGAUCUCUAAGAACAUCUCUGAUCAUGUAAUAUGAUACAGACAGAAAAGAAGAUAUUAAUAGAAUAAGUCUGGAGUUUUGACAGCUUUAUGAAACUACUAUAUUCUCACUUUCUGAAUUACUCCCAGUAAGAAAUAAAUUUUAUAUCUUUAAACCA